AUGGAGUUGAAGCGUGAGCCUAAGAGCCCGCAGCUCCAUCUUGUGGAUGGGGGCCAUUGCUGUGCAGGAAGAGUGGAGAUUCUUCACCAGGGCUCCUGGGCCACCAUCUGCGGUAUAGGCUGGAGCACGAGUGAUGCCAGUGUUGUUUGCAGACAGCUGGGCUGCAGAGUGGCCCCCAUUCCCAUAAAUGCUAGUAUCUUUGGGAUUAGACCAGACUCCAUCCAGCUGAAUGGCCUGGGCUGCACAGGAGAGGAGACCCAUGUGUGGCCGUGCCCGACCUGGAGCUGGCGGCAGCACAACUGCAGUAGGUGGUUGGAAGCAGGAGUCUUCUGCUCAGAGAGCCCUCAGCUCCGCUUGGUGGACGGGGGCCAUCGCUGUGCGGGAAGAGUAGAGAUUCUUUACCAGGGCUCCUGGGGCACUAUCUGUGAUUUCUACUGGAAAAAAAGCGAUGGCCAAGUGGUGUGCACACAGCUGAGAUGUGGAGAAGCACUUGAUAUUAUACAUAGUGCUCACCUUGGGCCUGGAUCAGGGCCCAUUUUGAUGAAUUUGCUGGACUGUACAGGAGAAGAGACCCAUGUGCGGAAGUGCCCUUCUCUGGGCUGGCCCAAGGCCUUCUGCGAUCACCAGCAAGAUGCAGGGGUCAUCUGCUCAGAAGAGGAGAAGAGACACAGAAACAGACACAGAGACAACAGCCACAGGAAGACAGAGGCAGGGACGGAAGUGCUGCAUCCACAAGCCAGGACACCCCCAGGACGUCAGCGCCAGCAGCAGGAGGAGGAGGAAAGGAUGAUGCUCCCCUGGACCCUUCAGAGCAGGAACCCAUCUUGCCGACAGUUUCAGGUGUCCGGCGUGAACUUCACGGUGCCCACUGCCCAGGUCAUCUGUGCAGAGCUGGGGUGCGGUGAGGCUGCGUCUGUCCUGGGGGACCUGCCCCUCAGAGAGGACGCUGGACCGGUGUGGGCUGAAGCGUUCCGGUGUGAGGGGCAGGAGCCCGAGCUCUGGUUCUGCCCCAGAGCGCCCUGUCCUGGAGGCAGCUGCCAGCAUGGUGGGGUUGUUGAACUUGUCUGCUCAGGUGAGACACAAGAGGACUCUGCAGAAACUCGGUCCUCUCCCCCAGAGCUCACUGCAGUCCGGCUCAGGAGGCCCAGCCCCUCUCAGUGUGCGGGGCAGGUGGAGGUGAGCACUGUUGCGGGCUGGAGAGCGCUCUGCGCCUCCCCCUGGAGUGUGGCCAAUAUCCAGGUCGUGUGCUGCCAGCUGGGCUGUGAGGUCACCCUCUCCACCCUGACGGGAGCACGCUCUGUGGGAGGAGGAGACGGUGAGAUCCGGACAGACCGAUUCCACUCCUCGGGGGCUGAGUCCUCCCUAUGGAGCUGCCACGUGAGAGCCCUGGGCGUCCCUGCCUGCGCCCCUGGGAAUGCGGCCUCUGUGGUUUGCUCAGGUGAGAGGGCUCAGGGGGCAGGGCUCGGCUCCGGGGGAAGCUGCCCUCACUGUGGACUGCAGGGAGAGCAGACUGAAGAACUCUAUAGUGCCAUGGUCUUCUCAGUUGUCAUGAAGCAUUCAGGUCAAGCUGAAAUAUCUGAAAAUGUAGCAGUGGAAGUAACAGAACAGAUCAAUAAGAACCUUGGCAAAUUCAAAGCAGACGUUCCUGCUCUCUCACCUUCUCUGCAGGAAACCAGACCCAGCUGCUGCCCCAGUGUAAGGACUCCCUCUCUGACCCAGCAGGCUCUGCAGCCUCAGAGGUGCAGGCUGCCAACUGCUCAGGGGGAGAGGGGCAGUUGCUGUGCAGGGAGAGUGGAGAUCCUGCACCAGGACUCCUGGGGCACCAUCUGUGAUGACAGCUGGGACCUGCGAGAUGCCCACGUGGUGUUCAGACAGCUGGACUGUGGAGUGGCCCUCAAUGCCACGGCCUCUGCUCACUUUGGCCAGGGAUCAGGGCCCAUCUGGCUGGAUGAGCUGAGCUGCACAGGGGAGGAGUCCCACGUGUGGAAGUGUCCUUCCUGGGGCAGGGGACAGCACGGCUGCAGGCACAAGGAGGACGCAGGGGUCAUCUGUUCAGGUCUGUGCUCACAGGGUCCACAGCAUGGGAGGAGCAGGGAGUCUCCAGGUUGGCCUCUGACCAUAAGAGUUCCUGGCCCUCAGGGUGGUGUGCGAGGACCAGGAGUACGCUGGGUAGCUGGAGGUUUCCUACAACAGGACCUAGGGCAGUGUCUGGUGCAGCCCCAUGGAAGCCACGACCUUACGGAAUCCAGUGUCGAAAAAGUGACUCCUCUCUCUGGAAAUGCCCUUCUGACCCUUGCAAUCCUAGAUCUUGCUGUUCAAGGGAUGCAGCUUAUGUCAUGUGUGCAGGUCCCAGACCCAAGAGCUGCCCAACUCUGGCCCCUGCACAGGUACUGCAGCCCUCCCUGCCUCCCCCAGGGCUCCUGGGGGCUCCUUCCCUCCACCAGGGCAGGGAGAGGAGCUGCUGCUGCCUUUCCAGACAGAGAGAAGCUACGGCUCAGGGGAGGAGACAGUGUGUGCUCAGGCCGCGUGGAGGUGUGGCAUGAAGGCUCCUGGGGCACAGUGUGUGAUGGCUCCUGGGGCCUGGCUGAGGUGUGUCAGCAGCUGGGCUGUGGCCCUGCCAUGGACACCCUGGGAGAGGCUGCAUUUGGCCCGGGAAAUGGAAGCAUCUGGCUGGAUGAGGUGCAGUGCAGGGGCGGGGAGCCCUCCCUGUGGGCCUUGCCAGUGCCCUGGGGACAGAGCAACUGCAAGCAUGAAGACGCAGGCGUGAGGAGCUCAGACCUUGGACCCCUGCAUGCCAUGGCAACACUCCACCGAAAUCGUCUCAGUAUCCUCAGCGGCUAUACUUGUACUCUUACCGAUUGA